AUGAAGUCGUUAAAUUCUGUUAUAUUGGAUCCUAAAACUAGAUCGUGUCUCUGCAGUCUCUUUGUAACAGCUUCUUUGAUUUUUGGUGUUUAUUUCAUUGGGAGUGCAUGGCUGGGAAAAGAUUCAUUCAGGAUAUUACCUGGAUUUGGAAUGAAUGGAGCACAUAAAAAUACAGAAUAUGAUGAUUGCAAGGUAGGAUCAAGUGUGCACGUAAAAGUCAAUGAUACGAAAGAGAAUACACAGCUCAACAAAUGCGAAGUGAAGUGCAGGCCUUUUGGUGGUGAGGCUUUACCCAAAGGAAUAGUGUCAUCAACUUCAAACUUGGAAAUGCGGCCUUUGUGGGGCCCUGUUUCAGCAAAUGAUAACUCAAACCAUGCAAAGAAUUUGUUGGCAAUUGCAGUUGGGAUUAAGCAAAAAGAGUUGGCAAACCAUAUUGUUGAGAAGUUUCUGGCAAAUGAUUUUGUAGUGAUGCUUUUUCACUAUGAUGGUGUUGUGGAUGAAUGGAACGACUUCAACUGGUAUGGGAGAGUCAUUCAUGUCUCUGCCACAAACCAAACAAAAUGGUGGUUCGCCAAACGUUUUCUACAUCCAGAUAUCAUUGCUGAAUACGAGUAUAUUUUUCUGUGGGAUGAGGACCUUGGCGUUAAAAAUUUUCAUCCAGGAAGGUAUCUAUCCAUUAUUAAGGAAGAAGAUCUCGAAAUUUCACAGCCUGCUCUUGAUCCUGGUAAAUCAGAGGUGCAUCAUCACAUUACUGCACGUAGAAGGAGAUCAAAGGUGCACAGGAGGUACUAUAAAUUAAAAGGUGGUGGAAGGUGUGAUGAUAACAGUACAGCUCCUCCUUGCGUAGGUUGGGUGGAAAUGAUGGCUCCUGUGUUCUCAAGAGCAGCCUGGCGUUGUGCUUGGUAUAUGGUCCAGAACGACUUGAUCCAUGCGUGGGGCCUGGAUAUGCAGCUUGGUUAUUGUGCACAGGGCGAUCGGAUGCUCAAAGUUGGUGUGGUUGAUGCAGAGUAUAUAGUUCAUCUGGGUCUUCCUACACUUGGUGGUCUUUCAGAUGAAAACAAGUUGACUAAUGUAACAUCGGAUCAAUUUUCUCAAUCAAAGAACUUGUCGGAUUCAGAAGCAUCGGUAACUUCAGUUCUGUACAAAUUUGACAAUAGAUCUGCGGUACGAAGACAAUCCUAUAUUGAAAUGAGGAUUUUUAGGAAUAGGUGGAAUAAGGCCGUUAAGGAGGAUACUUGUUGGGUCGAUCUCUAUCCUCAACCAUCGGAUCAAAAAAUUCAUUAG